AUGACGAAAAGCAAUGUCUCACAUUUUAAAGUGGUUUUAGAUUCAAAAUCACGUCACUUGGUUCCAUAUUGUAUUAGACCAGACUUAUCAUCGGCAUUUGAAAAUGCUGUAUGGGAAAAAUGUUAUGGUAAUAGUGAUUAUGCAUUUAUAGAAAUGAAAACAUUAAAUAUAACCAGUUCUCAGUUAUAUAACUGGUAUGCUCCAAUUGAUACAGUGAAUGAUUAUCAAAAGUAUUUAUCUCUCAAUUCGACUGUGCUAGAAAAUAAUACAUAUUGUAAUUGUUCGGAUCGUUCAUAUUUCGGCGAAUACUGUCAGUAUCGUUUUGUGUUCGAUGGCUCAUUAGACACAGUUAUUAAGAAUACAUUUACUAAUAAACUUAAACGAGAUGUACGUUUAAUGACAACGGAAAAUUUAACAUGUUAUACAGAAUUAAAAAAUUGUACAACAAUCAGGAACUUUUGUUUUUCAUUUGAUCUUACAUUAGAUUGUCUCGAUUUUUUCGAUGAACAGAAACAGCAUGAACGAAGUAAAGGAUGUUUUAAUUCAGCAUCUAUUGAAUGUGAAGAACAUAUUUGUGGUUUAAAUACAUUUUCAUGUGGUGAUGGCGAGUGUUUUUACAACAGUUUCAGUGUGGAUGAAGCGUUUAAUGAAUGUGAUAGUCAACGUAACACAUUAUAUAUUAAAGAGAUAUACUCAUUUCAUUCAGAAUCUUUAUAUAGUUUUGAAUGUUGGAAACAUAUGUUAUGUUUAGUUGGUCUUUCAUGUCUUUACGAUAUGUCAGAUGCAUAUAAUCAGACAGACCAUAUUGCUGAUUAUUACUAUAAAGAUGAAGAAAAUGAUUGCUCGUUUGAUAAGUUAGUACAAUUUUCGUAUCAUCCGUCGAUUAAAUUUCUAUAUAAAAAUAAAAAAUUUCUAAAUAUUUUAAAUGAAUUAAAUGAAAAUCAAGUGAAAAAUGUAGCCUAUUUUUUGCUACCAAAUUAUGUAUGUUAUGAAAAAACUCUGUGUGAAUUCUCAAUCCCGUUUAAUGGUAAUGAUAACAUUUUAGAUGAUCAUAUAUGUUCUUUCUCAAACGAAUUUAAGAUUGAUGAUUAUGGAUUCAUGGGAACAGGAAUAACAGGAUCAACAAUAUUUUAUAAUAAUAUUCAAAGUUUAUUUUCUAAUUGUUCUUUACCAUUAAAAGUAUCUAUUGAUACUACCGUAUUUAAGACAUAUCGUAUAGAUACAAAAUUAUAUAAAUGCCAAACUGGUUUAUUAAUUUCAAAACAUCGUUUAUAUGAUGCUGUUAAUGAUUGUCUACCUUGGAAAGAUGAUGAAGAUUUUGCGGUUAAUUAUUAUUUACUAUCAGAUUCAUGUAAUCUUAAUUUAACUAGUCGUUUUAUGUGUAAGUCAGGGCGACGAGCAUGUAUACCACAUCGGUUGGUUGCGGAUGGAUCGUCAGAUUGUUAUUCUGGUAAUUCUGAUGAAUGGUUUCCAGUUCAGUGUACUUACGAAUAUGAUUGUCAAUAUUUUCGUGAAUUUGAGAUAAUGUCAAAUUCUACCGUUAUUAUUCUCCGAUAUCAAGAAAUUUGUAAUCAGUUUGAAUUUUUGUUACAUCUCUAUGGUACUAUUGGAGAAUCAGAAGAAUCAAAUUGCGAUGAAUGGCCGUGUAGAACCCGGUAUGGUUAUUGUAAUGGUAUUUGGGAUCGUCCAAAUGGUUGUGAUGAACUUUAUUGUCCAAAUAGUAUAACAUCAUUUAUUACGCACAAUUUAACAAAAUGUCAAUUAAAUGAACAUUAUUGUGGUAAAUGGAAUCAGACAAAAUUAAGUUGUUUGCCAUUAAAUCAAGCUGGAGAUGGAAUAAUUGAUUGCUUGGGAUCGACAGAUGAGCUACGUUGUAACAAUCAAAUUGAUUGUAUUGAAGAUGGUGAAGAUGAAUGGUUGUGUGAUCUUUCUAUAUUAAGAAAACCCUUGCAAACACAGUAUGAACCAUUUUCAUUCAAAGAUUUUGAAUUAGUUCCAUCUAACUUGCCAUCUAUCAAAGAUACUGUGUAUCCGAUUUCUUUGUACGACGAAAAUCACCGUCUUGUAAUUACAAAACAAAAAAUAAUUGACAGUGAAUAUACUAGCUUUUAUUGUAACAGAGGUCUUUUAGUACGAUCGUUUUUUGGUCAUGACCAGUGUCUUUGUUCGCCAAGUUAUUAUGGUAGUAGGUGUCAAUUUCAAAGUGAACGUUUAACUAUAUCAUUUCUGCUUGAAAUAUUACAUGAUGCUGUUCUGCAGUUUCCAUUUUUACCUGUUAAUAGACUAGCAAUAAGAUUAAUAAUUGAUAAUCAAAAACUGAUGAAGAAAGUUGAAUGUGACGCAUUGGCUUGUUCACACGGAACAUGUAUGGUGUAUAUGAAUAGUGAAAAACAUUUUUGCUCGUGUUAUAGUGGUUGGAUGGGUGAACAGUGUAAUAUAAAAAAUGAUCAGUGUCUAGCUUCAAAUUGUUCAAAUAAUUCUAAAUGUAUUUCUAAUUACCUUAAUAAUACAUUUUGUUUAUGUUUGUUGGGCAGAUUGGGUUCUGAUUGUUAUGUUUCAUUUGAUCCAUGUAAAACCGUCAAUUGUCUAAAUGAUGGUACAUGUAUACCACUCGAUGAUCGAACAGUAAAAUUUGCAUGUAUUUGUAAACAUAACUAUUUCGGAUCAAUGUGUCAAUAUCAAGAUGCAACAUUAGCAAUUAAAAUUGAAAAAUCUGAUAUUAUACCUAUUACCUAUGUACCACUUGUCAUUGUCCAUUUUUUACAUUCACCUCAAAGUAUGCCUGGAGCUAUGAUGCAUCGAAAUUUUUUCAUUUAUACUAAUGUUGAAAUUAAUUUAAAUAAAAUAUUUUUAAUUAUUAAAGAUAAUGAACAACAGUAUAUACCAUCAUUUGUUUUUGUACAAUUAUUUUUUAAUGUCAAUGAUGAAUAUGGUAGAUAUUACUUAAUUUUACUAAAUAAAUAUAAUCUGACGAAUGCAACAACAUCCAUAAUGAAAACAAAUUAUUGUCCACAUGCUGAUGAAUACCUUAAUAAUACUGUAAGAGAAUUCGUUUGGUUAAGAAAAAUUAAAUAUUAUCAUCGAUUAUGUCGUUUAAGUUCACCAGUACUGAAAUGUUUCUUUGAUGAAAUCUACAUGUGUUUAUGUGAUCAAAAUGGUUUAACCGAUUGUUUAAACUAUAAUCAUGCAACAGUAAAUUGUACAGAGAACAAAAGUUAUUGCCAAAAUAAUGGUCGAUGUUUACAACGUAAACAAAAAGGUCAAUAUGACUUUGUUUGUCUGUGUCCCGAUUGUUAUUAUGGUGCUCUAUGUCACAUAACAAUGACGCAAUAUGCGUUAUCAUUAGAUGCUAUCAUUGGUUCGGAAAUCCUAACUGAUACAUCUCUUGUACAUCAACCUACAAUCAUCCUUUUGGCGUUGGUACUUGCAUUGUUGAUGGUAAUAGUCGGUAUUGUAUUUAACACAUGCUCAAUAGUAACAUUUGCUCAGAAAAAAACGCAUGAACUUGGUUGUGGUUAUUAUCUGUUGACCUUAGGGAUGCACCAAACCCGAACUCCGGCUCGGAGUUCGGGACCGAACUGUUCAGGUUCGGCUCAAGUUCGGGUUUGGUUCUAA